AUGGGCGCCAUGGACGUGCUGAAGAAGUGGGACUUCUACAAGAAGAUCCCGGAGGACCUGACGGUGAGCACGCUGCCGGGCGUGAGCCUGUCCAUCGCCGGCUGCUUCAUCAUGUUCCUGCUCUUCAUCCUCGAGUUCAACAGCUACCUGACGGUGGACUACAAGUACGACAUCGUCAUGGACGAGGGCCUGGACCAGACCAUGCGCAUCAACUUCAACAUCACCGUCCCCGACCUGCCCUGCGAGUUCGCCACCGUGGACGUGUCGGACAUGACGGGCACGCGCAAGCACAACAUGACGUCCAACAUCUACAAGAUCCGCCUGGACCAGAAGGGCCGCAGCGUCGGCCUCGCCCAGGAGAAGCAGAUCAUGCCGCAGUUCGCCGAGGACGCCGAGUACGGCGACCUGCCCGAGUCGGACGCGGUCGUGACCGUGCUGGACGAGCAGACCUUCGAGCCGUUCCUCAAGCAGCACCACUACGUGGCCGUGGACUUCUACGCGCCCUGGUGCGUCUGGUGCAAGCGCCUCGAGCCCGUCUGGACGCGCGUGGCCAAGACGCUGCCGUCGCUGCACUACGGCCAGCAGCUGCGCGUGGCCUCGGUGGACUGCCAGGCGCACCCGCAGCUCUGCAUGAAGCAGUUCAUCCGCGCGUACCCGACCAUCCUGUUCUACAAGGACGGCGACGUGUCGCCCGUGGAGAUGUACUUUGGCGACCGUACCGUGGAGGCGUUUGUGGACAAGUUCAAGCAGCUCAUGGCCGGCGAGGUGGACGCCGUGGAGGCCCGCAAGAAGGAGCUGUUCGAGCAGGACAAGAAGAACGCGCGCGAGCAGGGCAAGGCCAUCGCGCGCUCGGCCGUCGGACCUGAGGGAUGCCGUCUGUACGGCCACCUGUACGUGAAGCGCGUGCCCGGCAACUUCCACGUGCACCUGGCUAACCCGGCCUACUCGAUGGACUCGUCGCUCGUGAACGCGUCGCACACGGUGAACGAGCUGUGGUUCGGCGAGCACCUGACGUCUGGCGAGAUGUCGAUGCUGCCGCGCGACGCGCAGAUGCAGCUGUACACGCACCGCCUGGACAACCAGGACUACACGUCGUUCUACAAGAACCACACGUACGUGCACUACAUCAAGGUGGUGACCAACUCGUACGUGCAGAGCGACGCGGCAGACAUCAACGUGUACAAGUACACGGCGCACUCGAACGAGUACCUGGAGACGGACGACCUGCCGUCCAUCAUGUUCCGCUACGACUUGUCGCCCAUGUCGGUGCGCAUCUCGGAGGACUCGGUGCCGUUCUACCACUUCCUCACGUCGGCCUGCGCCAUCAUCGGCGGCGUCUUCACGGUCAUCGGCAUCCUCGACCAGAUCAUCCACCAGACGGCGCGCGCGCUCAACAAGAAGGUGCUCUAA